CACUGCCGCUUCCGGGAACCAAAUAAGGAAAUGACGCCGCUGGUCCCAAAUAGCAACACGGAGACACAGGAGACACCGGAGACACCGGGGGAGGCUGCCCGAGGACCGGAGAGGGACAGGAGGCUGCUGCUGACGGAGGACCAGGAUGGGCGACAUCGCAGAAGACGAGGCCAGCUUCUACUCCAACGCUGAGGACUACUGGAGGGAGGUUCCUCCCACCGUGGACGGGAUGUUAGGAGGCUACGGCAGCAUCUCCAGCAUCGACAUCAACGGCUCCAAGGCCUUCCUGCAGAAGUUCCUCGGAGAAGGCGAGGGGAAGACGAGUCCCGGCUGUGCUCUGGACUGUGGCGCUGGCAUCGGUCGGAUCUCCAAGCGGCUGCUGCUGCCGCUCUUUAAGACCGUGGACCUGGUGGACGUGACGCAGGAGUUCCUGGAUAAAGCCAAACCCUACCUGGGAGAAGAAGCCAAGAGGGUCGGAAACUACUUCUGCUGUGGCCUGCAGGACUUCAAACCGGAGGCCGGAAGAUACGACGUGAUCUGGAUCCAGUGGGUCAUCGGUCACCUGACAGAUGAACACCUGGUGAGUUUCCUGCGUCGCUGUCAGAAAGCUCUCCGUCCAAACGGCCUCAUCGUCAUCAAGGACAACGUUUCGUACGAAGGCGUCGUCCCCGAUGAGGUGGACAGCAGCGUCUGCCGGGACCUGGCCAUCGUCCGCCGCCUGGUGGACUCGGCCGGACUCCGGAUCGUCCACGAGGAGCAGCAGAUGAACUUUCCCAAGGAGAUCUACCAGGUCCACAUCCUGGCUCUGAGAUAGAGCAGCAGGUUUCUAGAGUUUUUAUUCAGAAAUACGAGGACGCUUUCUUCUGGACCUCAUCGUCUUUUAUCGGACUAAACGCCGUCGAACUGUUUCAACGAUUAGUUCAUCGUUGGGGUCGAGAAAAUGUUCACCUGGAGGCUUCAGAAGACGAAUGUUUGCUGCUUUUUUACGUUGAAGCCUGAGGGACGUUUUAUAGACCAGACGUUUGUUCAUUGAAACCCAACAGCAGGUUCAUAAAUAAUAAAAAACAUUCAUCACCA